CUGCUCUUCGUCAUGGGAAACACGUCGUCCAUCUUCUAUCCCGACAAUCCAAAACGUCUCAACCGUGCUCAGCAGCUUGCUGAUGACUGCAAGUAUGCCAAGGAUCAGUACGAGUCUGCUCAUGCGAGGCUCGAGCGUGAGCUUGGCCCGUACAAGGAGAAACUCGACAACGUUCUCCGCGCCUUUGGGUGCAACACUAUCGCGGACUUCGAUCGUCUGGUUCGUCAGAACGCGACUGGCGCAGCUCUCGAUCGCUGGAACGCAACCCGGCAGGCUUACGAUGAUAGUCUAAUUGUCGACCAAAUAAUCAUGGUGGCUGAAGGAGUGGUUGCCAUUGCAGGGUUUAUUAUUAGCGCAGUCGGGGCGCUGGCCGGCGGUAUUGGUUUUUUUGCCGGUCUCGGUAUUACAGCCGACAUCCUGCUAGUCCUGGGUCUUAUCGGUGCUAUCUAUGAUAUAAUUAAUGGUGCCGUUCAGCGCGAAAAGCUUCGGGACGCCAUCAACGAGCUUGUCCCCACUCGACUCAAAGCGAAAUAUGCUCAGAUGCAUAUGGAGCAACUCCUGGUCUCUCUUCCUGGUAUCAAGGAGCUGUACGAGGCAUUCGAAAGUGUCGGAUACGACAAGGACAAGAUUCUUGAAAAAAUCAAACACGGGGGGUACAUGGAUACGACGAAAGAGGUUGUCGACAAACUCACCUAUGUAGCGGCUGGAAACCUUCUGGCCAGUAUGGAUCACGCUCGAGGAGCCUGGACAAACGAGGACCCCGAUUGGUAUUCCAUCGCGAGAGCACUGGACUACAGCGGCACCUUCGCUAUGGCUGUGGAAAAAACAGCUACGGUAGUCCCGCAAGCUACAGAGGAUCGAUACCUCCAGGUCCGAUUCCCAGCUGACUCCGAUUCCGCAGCCCUUGCCGAGAAGAGCUUCCGCGUUGAACUCAUCGAUUUGGAAGGAGAGGAUUCAGCGCGCGUAUGUCUUAAGACGGAAGGCAACCGACUUUUGAUCUCCAAACCGGAUGCGCAAGUGGCCGAUCUGGCCACGGUGGACACCGACGGUUCCGACCUUGCUCAGUGGAUCGUGAGCUUGGAGAAGCCCAACAACACCCUUACUCUCGAGUCACUGGGCGAUCUCACACCUGCCGAGGUCUAUAUCAAGGCUGCGCACUCCAACAUGUUCCUUACCAAAGGAGGUACCCUCCAACAGCAACCCGUCCCGGUUCUUGCAAACCUGUUUGUGUGAAAUAGUGUGAAAGAGGGUAGGAAUUAGAAUGCUUUUCGGUGGCUUCGAAUGUCACUUGUAUCAAUCGAUAAGGCUCGCAAUGUACAUGUUACUAUGAUCAGCGCUUGGUACGCUAUACAGGAC